CCUCAAUGGGAAGAAGCUUGGGUCAAAGAGAGAUGAAAAUAGAGCCCAUACAAGACUUGGAGCAGCGAAGAAUUGUCUUCUCCAAAUGUAAACGAGGGCUUUUCAAGAAAGCAGCUGAGCUUUCUAUACUAUGUGGUGCAGAUACUGCCAUAGUAGUCUUUUCUCCUCAAGGAAAUAUUGUUCACUCUUUCGGUAGUCCUUCUGUUGACUCCAUUAUAAAUCGGUUUCUUAGCCAAAACCCUCGAGUUAAUCCCCAGUACCUCCCGCAUGAAGCCUCUAGACAUGGGGCUACUAUGGUUGCGCUUCGUCGGGAACUCCACCGGGUGGAAAAUCAAUUGAAAGCUGAGAAGAAGCGAGAGGUCCUUGAUGUUGCCCAUAAAAAAUCAGAUGAUUAUAUCAAUGGACUCAGCAGGGAUGAGUUGCUGCAACUGAAAGGCAAGCUCGAGGCACUGAAGAGGGAUGUGGAGGCAAGAUCCAAGGAGUUGCAGAAGGAGGUUGCUGCUGCGUCUUCUUCUUCUUCUUCUUCUUCUUCUUCUUCUUCUUCUUCAAUGUCAGAUGCCAAUGGACCACCAGCUGAAGAAACUGAUGAUGAGACUGAUAUUUAUCAUUCCCCAUGACUUGAAGUAAUGAGUAGAGAAAUAAGUCAUUGGCUUGAAUAGAAAAUUUUAUCAAACUAUACUGAAGUUUCUGAAUUCUUGUUGAAGUUUUCAGCAGAGAAUUAAGUCGUUAAACUUGUGUUUUAAGUUAACUUUCGAAUCUUGUUCUUGAAAUAAUAUCGGUGUUAUGGUUUCUGAAAA